AUGGUUUCUCUAAUUGCCAUUUUUAAUCUUGUAACAAAUGUUAAACUUGCAUUGAUAACCUCUUCCCGCUUUUCCACGACGGAGAAUCAACCUUUUUCUAAUCCACACUCUAUCCAUGACGCAAUACCCGUUUCCACCAUCGAAAACCCUAGCUUCUAUGAUUCCACUUCUUCAACAUCAUCAUCGUCAUCAUCAUCAUCAGAUGAAGAUUCACGGCGCGAGAGUUCGAAAUCGAGAGCCAAGUACGAGGACGAACAUGCUCGUUUGCUUCACGCCUCACUCACUCACGUGAUGAAGCUGGGAUGGACAGAAGCUGCGUUAAUUGCUGGAGCGAAGGAUGUUGGUCUUUCUCCUUCUAUUGUUGGAUCUUUGUCAAGGAAGGAAGCUGCAUUGGUUGAGGUUCAUUUCCAUCUCUAUCUUAGUUUUUAGUAAUGGAAUUUAAUAAUAAUUGGUAAAGGAAUUAUGAGAAAAAGAAAAGAUAGUUAAAGUUGAGAGAAAAGCAAUUAAAGGAAAAGU